AUGGCUGAAUACUUGAAAAAGCCCGUCAAAGACACUUUGGAGGAUAUAAAAGAACGAAUGAAAGAGAGGAGAAAUCAGAAAUGGAUGAGGUUGGAUAAAAUUAGCCAAAUCUGCACUGUAAAGGGCAAAAUAGCAACCAACAGCUCCAAGAAAAUAAAGAGCCUUGAAGCAAACAACAAAGCUCUAGCUCAGGCUUUGCAAGAAGAAAAGCUGAAACUGAGGGAUGCCCAGGCUACCAUCCUUCAUUUAAAGAAAGAUUAUCAAGAUCUGAAGGUUCAGAUGUUUAAAUUGCAAAGAAAUCUUCAGUUCAAGCAAGCACAAGGACUUGCUGAGAAUCAACUGCAAGCCUUGAAUAAGAUAAUUUCAAGAGUUUCUCAGAAUUUACUGGACUCAAUUGAUCUCCUUGGCCCAGCAAAGAAUCUGUGUUCCAUAGGUGUAAAUACAAGAAUGUUUUCUUCAGUUCUUGAGAACAGUUCCAGUGUUGUAGGACCAAUACAUUCAAUAGAGCAUCUACAGUGUGCUGAUGGGCAUGAUCAAGUACUUCCAAGUGGGAUGGAGCCUGACAGCAAUAGAAAUGAGCUCACUCACUCUGUGUCAGAGACCUGUGAGGAAUCUGACAAUGCUGUUUCCUCAAACAAAAUGGUUCCAGACAAAGGACGGACGUCUGAUUUUCAUCUGGACAUCAUAGGGUCAGAGCUGCAAAAUGUUUCUUCAAGCAGAGAGGAUGGAUUUGGUAAUGUCUUACCAAAAAAUGUGUCUGUUAGGAAUUGCUAUGUGAAGUUGAGAAAUCACAAUGAACAUUAUACUGGUGUACUGGACCAUUCAGAAGCACCUGCUUCAACAAAAAAGCUUUCUGAACUAAAUGAAGUUAGACUUGAGGAAAGUCUAGAGACAUGUACUGUAGAAAACAGAAAUUUAGGUAUUUCCCAGUUGAAUGAAAACGAGGUAGGUUCAGAGCUGGUGUUGAGGAGGACAGAUUCUGAAACUGCACAGUCCCACUUAAACAAUAAUUCUGAUCUUAAACGACGUGAGUGUAAAACCAGAGAAGACUCUCGAGUAAGGAAAGAGAAGUAUCGGAAGGCAAAAUUGGAAAAGCCUAAAAAUACUUCCAGACAAACACCAAAACAAAAACAGGGUAAAGAGGCUUCCAAGAAAAAGAUGGAUUUCUUGGGUGGCUUCAGUGAUGCUUAUGACUUUCAUUUUGAAGAGAGUGUCCAUCUUACACCUUUUCGACAAAAUAAAGCAAAUGACACAGAUACUGGUGUGGAUGACAAAAAUGACUUAUCUGAAACCACUACCAUCGAGUCAAGUGAUACUGAAGAAGAUUCAGAUGACAGCCUCUAUAAGCCUUACAAGAGUAAAUCGAAAAAAAGGAAAAGUUCAGUGGACAAGAUAGAUACAUCACCAGUCCAUGCAAGGCCAAGGUCUAAAAGAUGUUUGGCACAGUGUGAGCAGAAACUCCGUAAUGAAAAAGAGACUGAAAGCAAUAAAUCAAGUGACAAGUCUAUUAGGCUGCCUUUUGAGCCAUCUCAUGGUCAACUUUGUGAUGUUACCAAUACCACAUCACUGCUCCCCAGCACUGGGAAUGCAACUGUUGUCCCAGAAGGUGAAGGACCACGAUCUCCAAAACGCAAGCGAAGCUGUACUAUUACUGUGUGCUAUAAAGAACCAAGUAUUACAGGGAAACUCAGAAGAGGGGAUCCAUUCACAGACACAAAUUUCCUGAAUUCUCCAAUUUUCAAGCAGAAAAAAAGGGCCAAAUGCCAUUCUCUUAUAAAAAAGUCUCUGUCGAAAUACAAUGAGAAAUUUGUUGGCUGUCGUUGA